UCCUCGCGCUAAGCGCUGCCCAGACUUGAGGGAAGAAUGGCGGCUCCUCGGACGUUCUUCAUCACUCUCUGCGGCUUGUUUCUGCUUCUGUAUUUCUGCUGCGGAUCUACGACCUCCAGCAGCAGGAGGACGAACCAGGAGCGAUGCGGCUUCAAGGUGCAGGCUGGUGUAGAUGGUCGCAGGUUGGCCGUUGCCUUCAGAGCUGAUAACUGCUCAUUAAACUACCCACUGGGGAAACAUGUGAUUCAUGAAGUCACCAACAUUUCCUUCAGCCAUCUGGCCUGUGAGGAUCAGGCUGCUGUGGUCGUCCACUGGUCUGCAAGUCCACUAGGGAUUGAACACAUUAAAGGCUUCAGAGUUUACCUGGAGGACAAGAACCCAGAAGGUAAACGGUGUCAACACCUGAUCCUCAAAGAUCCUCGGCAGCUCAACUACUCCUACAGGAACACGAAGCUGAGCAGUCAGCCGUUCACUGGUUUGACAUUUGACACUGAUUACCUGGUUCGAGUUGUUCCCUUUCCAUCUUUGAUGAACGAGAGUUUCUUCCCUCCGUCCUUCCUCCGGACCAACUCAUGUGAAGUCCUCCUCAGAUGGGACAACCUGGUCUGUAAACCAUUCUGGAAGCCAAAGACCCUGAACAUGUCUCAGCUUGGAUCAAACCUUCACGUGGCCUUCGAUCAGGCUCCGGCCUCCUUCGGCUUCCACUUCUACUACCUGUACUACAAACUCCGGCAGGACGGACCCUUCAGACUGCAGCGCUGCAAACCAGAUGUGAACCAGCCCAGAGCGACAUGCAUCCUCCAGGAUGUCACUCCAGGGACCUACACUAUAGAGCUAAGAGAUGAUGGUAACACAACCAGGAGACAAACUCAGUACCACGUCAGCCAAGUCCACUCCCCCUGGGCGGGGCCUAUCCGUGCCAUGGCCAUCACGGUGCCUCUGGUCAUCAUGUCUGCCUUCGCCACCCUCUUCACUGUCAUGUGUCGUAAGAAGCAGCAAGAAAACAUCUACAGUCAGUUAGAUGAGGAGAGCAGCGAGUCGUCCAAUCACAGCGCCGCCUUGAAUGCCGAGCGGCCGUGGCCCCGCCCCAAAGUCUUCAUCUGCUACUCCAACAGAGACUGUCCCAAACACACCAGCGUCAUCCAGAGCUUCGCCUACUUCCUGCAGGACUUCUGCAACUGUGAGGUUGUGUUCGACCUGUGGGAACACCUGGAGAUGUGCAAAGAGGGCCAGAUGUCGUGGCUCAGCCGGCAGCUGGACGAAGCCAACUUUAUCAUCACCGUCUGUUCCAAAGGCCUACGCUACUACAUGGAGAAGAAGAGCCGCCGAGGAAAGACGCCGGUCAGUCGCCGUCACAACAGCAGCAGCAGCAGCCCCUCUCUGAUUGGUGGGUCGGGCGGUGACCUGUUUAUUGUGGGUGUGGCCAUGAUUGCAGAAAAGCUGCGGCUGGCGAAGCAGAGCGAGAGGGGCGGAGCUCAGGAGCUGAACCGCUACAUGACGGUUUACUUCGAUUACUCGACAGAAAACGACAUCCCCACCAUGCUGAGUCUGGCUCCCAGGUUUAAGUUGAUGGACCAGCUGCCUCAGCUCUUCAGUCGGCUCCACUCCAGUCAGUCCAGUCUGGCUGAGCGUGAGCAGCAGCCGCUCAACGUCUCCAGGAGGAACUACUUCAGGAGCAAGUCCGGACGCUCGCUCUACGUCUCCAUCUGCAACAUGCACCAGCACAUCAGCCAGAACCCCGACUGGUUCGAGAAGCAGCUGGCUCCUGCAGGAGGAACCUCCUCCGACUCGUCCUCCAAACAGCUUCCUCUGCCUGCAGCUCCAAGUCCUCCCCCAAAGCCUCCCUGCUGCUCCUCAUCUCAGUCCGAGCAGCGGUUUGAGUCUGGCCUGGUGCUGAAUGAGGUGGUGGUGAGAACGCUGCCACUGGAGGGCAGCGACACAGAACCCAGGAGGAACAUGCUCCUGCUGGCCCCAGGCUCCAGCUCCAGCCUCAACCUUGGUCCAAGUCCCAGUCCUGGUCUGUGUCCCAGUCCUGGUCCCUGUCCUAGUCCAAGCCUGCCACACUGCUCACUGAGAGCCACUUCAAGGUCCACUUCUGGAAUAUCUGGACUUUUACCAGAGGAGCCUUCCUCCUCAUCCUCCUCCUCCUCUUCACCUCCCCCCAUUCUGCAGGAUGAGGUGUGCCCUGACCCCGUCCAGGUAGAGGAGAGCUGUCCAUCUGCUCCAGAGGUCCCACCUCCUCGCGAUUCGGGGAUCUAUGAUUCGUCCGUCCCCUCCUCAGAGCUUUCUAUCCCUCUAAUGGAAGGACUGUCACAUGACCAAGCAGACUCCUCCUCCCUGGCUGACAGCGAAUCGUCUUCUUCUGGGCUGGGAGACGAGGAGCUGCCGGCCGUCGCGUCGCUCUGCUGCAGCUCUGUGACGGAGUGUAAAGCUGAGCUGAACCACCAUCACCACAGCAACGCUCUCGCUCCUGUGGCAUUGUUAUAGAGGACGCCAACAGCCAAUCAGUGAGGACCAGCCCAGUGAUGUCAUCACAGGGCCAGAACUAUACUGGUCUGUACUGUCAUCGCCAAUCAAACAUGACUGGAAGAAUUAAAAGGCAUUGGAGGUCACAUGUUCUCAUCAGCUAUGUUGUAGAACUUACCUUUGCAUUGGCAGUGGUAACCAUGGUGACAGUACUUUCUGGUAAUCAUGGUAAGCACUGAUUUUAGAGCUGUAGUCCUUGUUAACUGUGACAUACACCACUGUUUUUUGAGCACUGUUCCCUGGUAACUAUGGAAACCACUGCCUUCUGGAACUCCAGACCCCUGUGUUUAUGGUAAAAAUGGUGUUCUGCAGCAUUGGUGCCUGGUAACUAUGGUAACCCCAGAUUUCUAGGACAAUAUUCCACAAUCACUGUGGUAACCAUUGUAUAGUAGAACAUUGGUCACAUUUAACUGUGGUAACUACUGCCUUGUAGGGCAGUAGCCCAUGUAGCUCUGGUGAAUAGUGAGUUCUGGAACACAGAUCCCUGGUGACGAUGGUAGCCACCGCAUUUUUAGAACAACAGUCCUCUUAAUCAUAACUACAACCGCAGAGUUCUGGGACACUACUUCUUGGUGUAACUAUGGUAAUGACUACAUUUUGAAUGGUAACCACUGAGUCCUAGAACAGUAGGUCACUGUGGUAACCACUGGGUUGUAGAACAUUUGUCACUGGUAGUUAUGGUAACCACUGCCUUCUGGAGCUGAUAGCCCAAGUAACUGUAACCAGUGAGUUCUAGAACGCUGACAACCAUGGUAACUAUAGUAACCGCUGCAUUUUAUAAUGGUUGUCUUAGUAACCUCCAAGUUCUACAACCGUAGUCCCUGUCCACUGUGGUCAUCGCUCGGUUGUCCAACAUUGGUCACAGGUAGCCAUGGUAACUGCUGGGUUCUGAAACUUUUUUCCCUGGUAACAAUGGUAAUGACUGCGUUUGUCCAAAUAACCAUGGCAACCACCUUGUUCUGGAGUGACGAUAAUUCCAAUAUCUGUGGGAAACAUGAAGUUCAGGACCACUGCUCCCUGGUAUCUAUGGUAAGCAGGUCAUCUACAGUGAUAGUCUCUGGAAAAUACGCCUGCUUGGAGGGAUUUUCAGGAACUGGAUCUCCAGAGGCUGGCGGAUGAAAUCAGAUGAGUUCAAACCAAAGCAUGCCUCGAUGGAUUGGUUGAUUGAUUAGUGAUGGCUGACUGUGAGUGGGUGUUCGUUACCAAAACAAGACGCUGAAACCAACUGAUUGUUCUUACAAUCUUGGAUGCAGAAAUACAGGAAGGCACAGGACUGCAGACGUGUUCAAAUGUGACCCAGCAACAACAUCUGACAUCUUCAAAGCAGCUAAACUAGAAGCUGCUGAACGCAUUGAAGCAGAAAGGACACAACAGGAUGUGUUUUCUAUUAUUAUUUGUAAUAUUCUCAACAUGUGGGAUCCAAACCAACUCAACACUUAACAAUUUGCAGAAAACCACAUGAAUACUGUUUAUAAAGUUGCCGUUUUUACAUAAAUCUGCCCUUUUAUUUUCCGAGUAGAGAGUGAUGGAGUAUUGUAGUACUGUUAAAGAGCUGUCAGCAAUGGUACUUAAACCUAAUAAUGUGACAUAAUACGGUGGAAGAGUGUAAAUCUGUUUAUUGUGAACUGAAAAGUUGUUUCUUUUCACUGCAUUUUCAUUCAGCGGUUCUGACAAUAAAAUUCAUGCACGAUAAGAA